UUUGGAAAACCUGUUGUUGAAAGACAAGAUGAGUAUAAAAAUGAAAUUGAGUCCAACAACAGUAGCUUCAGAACCAGCCUCUCCAACAAAGAGUGAAGGGAACGAGAUGGAGGUCGCUCCAGAACUGGGCAGCCCGACGUUGCAUGACGAGAACAUAGGACUCUUUGAAAGAGGUCUUAAAACCAUGCUAAGCAUCCGGAAAUCCAAACGAAACCUGAAGAAAGAGAAAGAACAGGAAGGCACUGGCACUUUGAGGAAAAAAAGACUUUCUUUUCUGUCCUCCAAGAGCUAUGAAGAGAACAAAACCACGGUCCCUAACGAUUUGGAGGAGGUCAUUGAUACAAUAGAAACGGAGCCCAUUGAAGGAAAGCCUCUUUCAGUAAUGGAGAUAAACGAGCUUAUUCAGAAGCAGAAACUUCUGGAAGCAUUUGCAAGCAUCAAGUACAUGGAAGACGAGACGAUAGCCGAGCGGGAUGCAGACAAAUACAAGGACAACCCCCAGGAGUUUGUGAGGAAAACCAAGGAUGUGGAUUUGCUUUACAACUCCAUCAAGAGCAUGAUCCAGUCCAUCGUGGUGGGAACACUGGAGCAUCCCACUGUUGAAGAGGCCACGCUGUCCUCCCUGGUGACUUUAAUUGCCCGUGAAGAGGCAGCGCACCCCAACGUGGGCAGUGCUCCUGGGUUGGACUUGCUCGGCUCCCCCAGAAGGUGGAGGGAGGAGUGGAGGGAAGCUAUCAAUGAGAGCGCCAGAAAGAGAGUCCUGAGGGUACCCAUGGCCUCUAAGGAAGAAGAGAGCUCCUGGCUUGACCUCCACUUGUGUUUCCUCCAGAAACACCUGAGCGAAGACUUGCUGAAGAUCAAGUUGUCGGUAAAAAAGUGCUACCCAGAGGAGUACCAGGUGUGUGACACCUACGUGGAGGCUUUCCACAAGGCCAUUGCCUCGCACUUGCAGGAUCUCUCCCAGCGGGUGCUGGAGUCCAACGAGCUCUACUCCUUGCUCGACUGGGUGGCCAACACCUACCGCAGUGAACUCUUUCUUGGUCACCCUGAUCUCAAACCAGAAGUUAAGACAGAAAACCUGUCCCUGCUGCUCACACCGGCGGAUUGGGACAGACUGAAAAAUGACUACAUCACUUCUGUGAAGGGGAAAAUCAAGAGCUAUUUCGGAAACAUUCUGAGACUGGAGGUGACGGAGAAGUGGGAGAAGGAGGUUCACCCAGAGGUGGAGGACAACCUGUACCACUCCUCGCUCUCCUUCGACAUACAAACGAUCAUUGGGGAGCACAUGAAGAUUUCUGGAGCCAUCAGCAAAAGCCUGAGAGCAAAAACACUUGAACUGUGUCUGGCUGAAUUGCACGAAUUCAUACCAAGGUUCGGGGAGGAGUUCAUGGAGUGGAACGCAGCCCGUGACAGCCCCGUGUUCGUGCCCUACUUGGCUGCCUACAUCAACAGCUUCCACCACCUGGUGUCAGGCUUGGAAACAGUGUUUAAAGUCAACACUGAAGAACUGCAAAAGAUUUUGGUGUCUCUGACAAGGAACUUCAGAAACAUGUUUCUAAAUAAACUGAGAACAAAAACACAGCCACUCCUCAAGAAAAUCCUGACCAAGGACUGGAUUUUGGCAACGGAAAAGCCGGACUCACUGGCUGCAGCGGUCUCGCAGUUCUCCAAGCACCUGCAGCAUACGAGGCAGCCCCUGGGGCAGGAGCUUCUACGUCAUGUUCAUAAGUAUGUGGUGAGGGAAUACAUUGUUCAGGUGAUCAAACCCAGGAGGAAGAUGAACAGGGAGACACGGCAGCAAGUAAGCGAAAGGAUGAACCAGGAAGCCAAAAUCCUUAAUAACGUGCUCGUCGACCAGGGCUCUGACUCCGACUGGCUCCUUCCUGCCAUACAUCACAUCGCCAAUAUCGUUGGGGAGAAGAAAAAAGACAGGAUCAAGGAGUACGUCAAGGAACUGAGUCAGGAUUACCCGGACAUCAGGAAGGAGCACAUCCUGGCCAUCCUCCUGCUGCGGGGCCUGGGGUACACCAGGAGAGCGGCAAUUUUUCGGCAGAGCUUUCACUGCGCACCUGAGUGCCCCAACGGCAGGGGUGAAAACACGCUCUUCGAUGAAAUCGAUGUGUCAGCAGUCAUCAGCUGCUUCUGAAACAUGACCAGCACAGCAGCUAGCAUCCUCCCUCCUCCUAUGCUGCCUCUCCAGUGUGAUCCCAAAGCUGCUACCCCUCCUUGCUCCGCAAACACGUUUGAACCACUGUGGGAAAAGGGCCCUGGGUUCAGAAACCAGAAGCCAUGGAUGCUCCAAGAGCCUGACCUCCUGCAAGGGCCCCUGGCAGCACUGUCCACCCAGCACUCAAUAUAUGGAUUUUACUGCUAGGAGGCUUGUUUGGUCCAAGUUUGGGUCUCUUUUUGGAGAAGAGGAGAGAACCAAAAGGAGUUCACGCAGGGCUAUAUUAAGGCUUGGCCUGUGUGAUGCCUAAUUACACAGCAGCGCAAGAGCAACAGCCUCCUUUGUAAUUAGUGUCCCUGAGCAACCCGGGAGCAGAGCUUGGGCAGGGAUGUGGUAGCACCCAAACUUUACAUCCUGCCCCGUGAACAAGCUGCCCACGCUAGCAUGACGCGAGGUGGGUGACGUUGUGGCCUGACACCACACACCACCACCUGCCUGAGGAGCACAGCCUUGGAGGGUGACCAGACCCCGCUGCUGAGACACACAGUGCGUGGAGCACCGCGCCCCAGGAUGGGCCCCGUGUCCCUUGUCCCUUCUGGUGUUUCGGCAGAUUCUCCUCACUGCAAAUCUCGUGUCGGACCCAAGACACGUUCAUGCCAUCACUCCCUCUCUGUGUGGGCAGAUGUGCCCGGUCAAACAUGCCACAUGGAGCGAGGCUGCGUGUCCUCCUUUCCCCGGGGUAAAAAGGGCCACCCUGCCUGUAGUCUGUUUUCUUGCAUGUACAAAUGUAUUUUAUCAAAUCUGGUACAAUCUGACUGUGGUAUGAGCUUCACGUGAGGUGAACAGGAAUAGUGUUACAGGCAGGAUCCUUCCUGGCAUGGACCAGCAUCACCCCUCUGAGCAGGGUGCACCGACACCGAUUUAUUCUGCGAAGGACUCAAAGCAUUACACGCAGCGUCUGCAGGGCAGAAUGAAAGAGACAGCCAGAAGCCUACAGCCAUACAAAUCUGAUUUUAUUUAAUCCAAUUUGUCCUUUAGGUUGCUUUCUGCAGGACUUAAUCCAAGACUCUGUACGGAGACAUGUUUAUGAUCUAUCAAUUAAUGUGAUAAAUGUGGACA